UCCUCCGCUAUCCGCGAGGCAGCCGCAGCAUCCCUGUCCUCCGGCGAUGUUUCAGCUCCGGUUCAUCGGCAGCUGCAUGCCGUUAUUCAUCAUGGCGAUAGUGUUCGACAUCACCGGCCUGGUCCUGCUGCUUUUCGGCAUCUUCGGCGACGUGCAGAAGCGUGGCGUGUUUUACGGGGAUUUCCUCAUCCACACCGGCGCGCUGUUGCUGUUCGCCAGCCUGGGCUUCUGGUUGAUGUGGUAUGUGGGAAACAUCAGGGUGAAAGAGGAAGAUUUGGAACGGAGAUCCAGCACUGUGCACAGCGUCAAAAAUCUGGCGAGAAAGCUGACGGAGAGACUCUCCAAAACGCACAAUAACGACACAGGUGAGAAAGCGGCAGGUAAAGCCUCCACUAUCCGAAAUGUGACGUGGGGCAAAUCUACCUAUGUUCCGGGACUGAAGGAUCCAGAAACGGAUACGAUCAGUUGCGAUGAACUGUCUAAAGAGAACGGAGGUGACGAGUUCACGUGUUAUCAGAAUAAAGGUUACGAGGAUGAGGAGGCCAGCGUCACCAAAGGUGAUGAUUCAUCUCAAGAGGAGAAACAGGACCAGACCCCGGAGGAGUCGGUAUCAGACGUGAGCAACACCGGUGAAACAUCUGAAGAGACAAAACCUGAUUCUGAGUUCACCUGUUAUCAGAAUGAAGGCUAUGAAGACUCAGAAUCAGACGUGACCAAAGGCGCUGAGCAGACAGAGAACUGCGACACUUUACUUUGAGAUCAGGUCGUUCUAGGUCGAAUACUUUCAGAAGCUGAACAUUCUUCCAGGUCAAACAAUCAUAAUCUACUGUAGAAGCAAAUCUAAUGGGCACAAUCACAUCUCUGUGUCUGUAAUAUAGACGGUCAUGUAGUUACACGCAUCAUUGAGUUUUUAAUGGCUCAUGUUGAUAAGGAUAUUAAUAAUCAAACAUGGCCAAAUAGUGUCAGAUUAUGUGAUCUGGUCAAUAUAUGGCUCUUUCACUUUAUGUGUAAGUGGUUGAAUCCACACGAGUUUUUGUUUACAUUUGUUAGUAUUUAAAGUGCCUUAAACUUAUACUCAGGUAAAACCCUUGCUUUUCACUGUAAAAUGAUUUUUAAGCUGG